AUGCUUAUUGAUGGGGAAGUGAAUCAAACUAACCAGGUAGAAGAAGAGGCUCACUUUGAUUUUGAUUUGUUUGUUAUUGGAGCGGGGAGUGGUGGUGUUCGCGCUGCUAGGUUUUCUGCUAAUUAUGGAGCUAAGGUUGGAAUAUGCGAACUUCCAUUUCAUCCUAUCAGCUCUGAAGUAAUUGGAGGGGUUGGUGGAACGUGUGUUAUCCGUGGUUGUGUUCCGAAGAAGAUUUUAGUUUAUGGAGCAAACUUUGGAGGUGAAAUUGAGGAUGCGAGGAAUUUUGGCUGGGAAUUAAACGAAAAGGUGGACUUCAACUGGAAAAAACUUUUGCAGAAAAAGACGGAUGAAAUAAUCAGGCUAAAUGGAAUUUACAAGAGGCUACUAUCUAAUGCUGGGGUUAAACUGUAUGAAGGAGAGGGAAAGGUUGUUGGUCCUAAUGAAGUUGAGGUGACACAACUAGAUGGAACUAAAUUGAGAUACGCAGCAAAGCACAUACUGAUUUCAACUGGCAGUAGAGCUCAGCGUCCCGCUAUCCCUGGGCAGGCAAGUUUCAUGGUUUUCUCCUUGAAUGAUUUGGAAUUGGUCUCUGAUGGUCACGCUCUGUUUUGUGUUAUUGAAGAGCUGCUGUUUUCCAAAUAUGGAUUUGAUAUAGGCAUUGAGUUGGCCAUAACUUCUGAUGAGGCAUUGAGUUUGGAAGAUCUACCUAAGCGUGCAGUGGUGCUUGGUGGAGGGUACAUUGCUGUUGAGUUUGCUUCAAUAUGGCGUGGCAUGGGUGCUAAUGUGGAUCUAUUUUUCAGAAGGGAACUUCCAUUAAGGGGUUUUGAUGAUGAAAUGAGGGCUGUGGUUGCAAGAAAUCUAGAAGGCAGGGGAAUUAAUUUUCAUCCCAGAACAAAUUUGACAGAGUUGACUAAAACAGAGGAAGGAAUAAAAGUUCGCACGGAUCAUGGAGAGGAGCUGUUGGCAGAUGUUGUACUUUUUGCCACUGGUAGAGCUCCCAAUACGAAGAGAUUAAAUUUAGAAGCUGUAGGUGUUGAGCUUGAUGGAGGAGGAGCUGUGAAGGUCAGUAGAAAGGCUAAACUCUGUCAGAACAUGUCUGUGGAGUUCCCUGCAAUUGUGUUGUGGGCCAGGGGUCUCCAUAAAAACAAGAAUAGUGAAGUUGACGAGCACUCUCGCACCAAUAUACCUAGCAUAUGGGCUGUUGGUGAUGUCACAAACCGAAUGAAUCUUACUCCUGUGGCCUUAAUGGAGGGAACCUGCUUUGCAAAGACGAUAAUGAAGCUUGUUGUUGACGCUGAGACGGAUAAAGUACUCGGAGCUUCCAUGUGUGGGCCAGAUGCACCUGAAAUUAUGCAGGGUAUUGCUAUUGCACUGAAGUGUGGAGCAACCAAGCAACAAUUUGACAGUACUGUGGGAGUACACCCUUCUUCUGCUGAGGAAUUUGUGACCAUGCGUUCAGUGACAAGGCGCGUUACUGCAAGUGGCAAACCAAAGACAAAUUUGAUCCCUGGGUUGGUGGGAGGAUUCGUGUUUAUGCUGGGAAACGCAAUUGCUAUGGUGUCUGAGGCAUGGGCUGUGCUGAUUGAUUUAGAGCUUGCUUGGGAUCGAAUAUCGUCACCAUUCGAUGUUUUCCCGGCCAGGUACAGUAGUCAAUAUGGUAUAACCGGUCUUAUAAGAACCAUUAUCACUGGCCCUCCAGCGCAUUUACUACUCACAGAAGCAAAUGCUGCCCAAGCAAUAUCUGUUUAA